GGGCCUGCCCCCAGUUCCCUUCCCAUUCUCAUUCCCAGUUUCAGUCACAACACACACAUCGACACCCACAGCCAUUACAACAAUAGCAACAGCUUUGACAUGCAUUAUGACAAUUUCACCGAACUGGCAGCUCACAAUGAUACAAGGAUACUGCGACGAGGGAAACGCUACCUGGAAUUUAGCAAGGGGUCGCGUAUGUCGUGGCGUACAAAUGGCAAGAACACUAUCCUCAAAAUCAAUACACUCUUCGCCUAUGGUUAUGGCUUUCGUGCCAAUUAUCCGUUUCCUGACGCGAAGGAUCAGCGUAAGAGCAACCGCGUCUUUUUCAAACGCGAUUUGUUUUCCAAACUGGAAACGGCUUUAGACGGACAUGGCUUUGAUGGACGUGCCUGUUUGUUGAAAUCAUUCUGUACGGCUAUUUUGGAUGUGGAUAAGCCCCAGCAGAAGAGCGGAAUGCUGUUCAAGUUGCUUAAACUAAUAUUUAGCCUCGAGGAUCACGAGAAACAUCAUAUGCCCUAUUUGAGAGAAGAGAACUGCCAGCAGAUCUUACACAGCCACUGUCCGCUGAGCUUUGACAGCAUUUCACCAUAUACUGAUGAUGUCUGA